CAAGGCUCCGUUGCAAGACUGGGGUGAAAGUUCAGCGCUCGGGUGCUAAAAGACUUUGUUCGUUUCAAGAAAGUGCUUGCGUGUAGUUUGAAUGAUACUAAAGAAAUGACCAGAGUAGAAAGCAUCGAACAGCUCACGGCGGAGGCCUUUUCAGAWAUUCUAAAGGAAAACUGGUCGGAGGCGGUUCCAAAGAUCGGUUACCUUUCCGCUGCAAAAGUGGACCAAGGUGUGUUAUCGGACGUAUACCGUGUGCAUCUCGAUUACGCAACUUGUGGCAAGCCAGAAAAUAAUCGCAAGAAGGAUGCCUCGUCAUCGAUUGCCAAAGCGACGCCCCGAGAUGCCCUCCGGUCGACGGAAUCCAUGCCUCCUGCGGACUGGUUGGUCAAGUUUUGUCGCUCCGAUCUCGAUUUGUCGUGGAUGAUACGAAACGAAACGAUCUUCUACAGUCGAAUCGUUCCGGAAAUCUUGGCGCCGGCUAGCAACUCUAGCGGCGGUAACGGUCAAUUGUCAUUGUCCCSGAYAAGUCURCCAUUUGCUAUUCCGACAYUUCUGAGCGGGUCCGAUCGUCACCUUAUUAUUCAAGAAAUAACCAACGUAAAAACAUAUCCAUUGACAGAGGGCUGUCCGCCAGACAAAAUCGACUUUCUUCUGAAAUCCCUGGCCGCAUGGCACGCAGCCUGCUGGGAAUCAACCCCAGUACUGAAACAGUUGGAUCUAGGCAAUCCUGCGGAAAUUCACGCUGAAGGGGAAAGACUGGUCUUUCCAGCAGGAAUGGGACAACGCCUGCCCCCUUUGCAGAAAGAAGGACUGUUCAUCUCGUCGUGGGAAGAAACUGUUGAUCACAUGAUACAGGARGACGGGCAGCGCGAGGAGAAGCUACUGGAUACGGAGCUGAUGGAUUACAUUACAAAGCUAUGCCAAAAACUGUGCACCCUUAGGCUUCGWGACAUCCACGAAAAGGUUCACAAUCAUCUAGUGACAUGUGUGCACGGUGACUAUCACAUUUCGAAUUGGCUCUUUCCGACGAACGAAGAUCAAGAUAAAAAGCCAGUUCUAGUAGACUWUGCAACGGCAGGAUACGGCAAUCCACUGGUGGACUUGGUGUUUUUCAUCGUCGUGAGCACAAACGAUGAGGUGGUUUCAAACUCCCAGCUGUGUCUAGAAAAAUAUUACCAAYUUUUGAUCGAAUGCGAUCCGARUCUGUCACCGAAAGUCUCAUUGGCGACCCUGCAGGAAUGGUUUCCAUGGGCAAUUCUUUGCCAAUUCAUGAUCCUAGUGGCAUAUGACGGCAUCUGUCGAAACAUUGCCAAGGCCGAACCRGACGAGCAAAAACGAGAAAACCAAACCAGGCAUUUCUGUAAUGUGAAUCGAAGAAUGAUAUUGGCCAUACGAAGCAUCGAAAAUUGGGACGCAAUCCUGUCUGAACUCGGAACGACUUCAGGUGAAGAUCGAAAAGAGGCCCAAAAGUUUUGUGAAACUACAGCAUUGACAAUAUGAAAAGGACAAAUACAUAGAUUCACAAUUU